UAAACCAUCAUUGAACAUCUGGGAAAGCUGAGUUGAAUGCCAUGGAAUUGUCGUUUAUGCUCUUGAGGAUCAUAUCCAGCAUCUUGUUAAUAGUAUUGAUUGGCGUGAUCAUACACAUGUACGAUUCACUUAUAUCGAAGCCCGAAAGACAACGGUCGAGGCUGCGAAAGCAAGGGAUUCGUGGUCCUCGACCGUUGAUCUUGGUCGGUAAUCUGCUGCAGAUGGGAAAGACACGGUCUAAGGAUUCAAAUAUGGCACAGGGAGGGGAAAAAGUGAUAACCCACGGUUCUUAUGCUGCUCUUUUACCAUUUCUUCAUAAGUGGAGACAACAAUAUGGUCCAACAUUUAUGUUAUCAAUGGGGAACAUACAGGUUUUGCAUAUGAGCCACCCGGAUGUUGUGAAAGAAAUAGCAGCAUACACUUCCUUUGACUUGGGAAGGCCUACUUAUCAGAAAAAAGGGCUUCAUCCACUGUUUGGCGAGGGAAUUGUGCACGCAAAUGGUGCAGUAUGGGCACAUCAAAGGAAAGUGAUGGCUCCUGAAUUCUACAUGGACAAAGUCAAGGGUAUGAUGAAAUCAAUGGUCGAGUCUGCAGUUUCGGUAAUAAACAAAUGGAACCGCGAGAUCGAAUCGGCAGGGGGAGUGGCUGACGUAAAGAUUGAUGAGUAUCUGAGGAACUUCUCCGGAGAAGUUAUCUCAAAAGCAUGUUUUGGAAGAAAUUGUAAAGAGAUAAUCUUGAAGCUCAGAGCACUUCAAGAAAUUGCAUGCAAGAAAGUACUAUUGCAAGGGAUCCCCGGGCUAAGAUCACUGCCGACUAAAAGCAAUAGAGAAAUGUGGAGAUUAGAGAAAGAAGUUCAUGCUCUAAUCUUGAAGGAAGUGAAUGGGACAAAGGGAUCAGAAUCGGAGAAGAACAUAUUACAAAUGAUAGUUGAAGGAGCAAAGAGCAGUAAUUUAAGCCAAGAUGAAAUAGACAACUUUGUUGUUGACAACAUCAAGAACAUAUGCUUUCCGGCAUACGAAAACGGUGCUGUACCGGCGAUUUGGACCUUGAUGUUAUUAGCCUUGUAUCCAGAGUGGCAAGACAAAGUCCGGGCCGAGGUUCUCAAAGUUUGCAACGGCCAAUCGCCGAGCUCCAACAUACUUAACAAGAUGAAAACGCUAACAAUGGUGAUAUACGAGUCAUUGCGACUCUACCCUCUCGGUUCCAUGCUUACUCGAGAAGCGUUUCGAGACACGAAAUUCGGAGGCAUUGAUGUGCCGAAAGGGGUUAGUAUUUGGGUGAUGUUGAUGGCACUUUACGAAGACCCCAACAUUUGGGGACCGGAUGUACACAAAUUCAACCCCGAGAGGUUUGGCAACGGAAUCAAUGGUGCAUGUAGGGUUCCACAUGUGUACAUACCCUUUGGCAGUGGACCUCGUUCGUGUUUGGGGCAGCAUUUUGCCAUGGCGGAACUCAAGAUACUCAUCAGUCUUUUAGUGUCCAACUUCACGUUCUCGCUCUCCCCAAAAUAUGUGCAUUCUCCGGUUAUGAAUUUAAUUAUUGAGCCUGAAUUUGGUGUAGAUCUCUUAGUUAGCAAGGUUUGA